AUGAAUGAAUCAAGUGAAAUUCGGAAGCCCAAUAGUGAAGAUUUAAAAUCAUUGGCUGCACAAAUUGGAAUUACAUUUCAAAGUGAUGAGGAAAUCACUGUUUGGUCGAAGUUGUUAGUUAAUAAUUUGGCUGCAUUUGAUGUGCUUGCAAAACUACCUGAUACGUAUCAAACCAAACUUCCUUGUUCCACUGAUCCAAAUUAUAACAAUCGGAAAUAUACGAUUCCGUCGGUGGAGGAGAAUAAAAAUAAUGCCUGGUUCGUUCGCACUCAUAUCACCUUGUAUCCUGAGCUAGCCAAUGUAGAUUCGGACACUCCAGAAUUACCAUUAUUAUACAAGCACAUUCAAUUUUAUUGA